UCCGCCAAUGACUCAAGCGAAGGACGGAGGUGAGAUUAUCAGGGAUUCUUAGCUGGAGCGGUGUCGCAAGUAUAAAGGGAAAAAUAACCGCAAUGGGCAGCUCCGACUCAAAACUCAACUUCAGGAAAGCAGUGAUUCAACUGACAACCAAAACACAGCCUGUUGAAGCUACAGAUGAUGCCUUCUGGGACCAGUUCUGGGCAGACACCACCACCACAGUCCAGGAUGUUUUUGCACUGGUGCCAGCUGCAGAGAUAAGAGCUGUUCGAGAGGAGUCCCCCUCAAAUCUAGCAACCCUCUGCUACAAGGCUGUGGAGAAGCUGGUGCAGGGAGCUGAAUCUGGCUGCACCACAGAGAGGGAGAAGCAGGUGGUUCUGAACUGCACACGUAUCCUGACUCGUAUCCUUCCAUAUAUCUUCGAAGACCAGGACUGGAGGGGGUUCUUCUGGUCGACGGUGCCAGGUGCUGGACGAGCUGGGGCAGACGAGCUGGAUGAUGAUGACGGGGCUCGACCACUGGCUGAGUCGCUGCUCUUGGCUAUCGCUGACCUCCUCUUCUGCCCCGACUUUACAGUACACAGCCACAAGAGGGGUCCAGACUCAGUGGAGAGCAUGCAGUCUAUAGACAGUUGUGAAUACAUCUGGGAGGCAGGGGUGGGCUUUGCGCAGUCCCCCCCUCUCAACUACAUCCAUGACCUGAAUAGGACAGAGUUGCUGAGAUUGUUACUCACCUGCUUCUCUGAGGCCAUGUACCUGCCUCCUUCAUCAGACCACACCAUCCAGAACCCCUGGGUGACUUUCUUCUGCUCCACAGAAAACAGACAUGCUCUACCUCUGUUCACCUCUCUGCUGAAUGUGGUGUGUGCCUAUGAUCCGGUGGGUUACGGCAUUCCAUACAAUCACCUGCUUUUCUCCGACUACCGGGAGCAGCUGGUGGAGCAGGCGGUGCAGAUCCUCAUCGUCACCCUGGAGCACGAUGGAGGGGUUCCCCAGCGUCCUGCUUCUCCAUCCAGCAUAGAGGAACACGAGUCCACAGGUCCGGAAAAUCUUUUUGUUAAUUAUUUGUCAAGGAUUCACAGAGAGGAGGAUUUUGACUUUGUGUUGAAGGGUUUAGCUCGUCUACUGACCAAUCCUUUGGCUCAAACUUACCUUCCCAACUCAACUAAGAAGAUCCAGUUCCACCAAGAGCUGCUGGUGCUUUUCUGGAAGCUUUGUGACUUCAAUAAGAAGUUCCUGUUUUUUGUGCUGAAGAGUAGUGAUGUGUUGGAUAUUCUGGUUCCUAUACUCUACUACUUAAACGAUGCCAGAGCUGAUCAGUCCCGUGUUGGACUCAUGCACAUCGGCGUUUUCAUUUUGCUGCUUUUGAGUGGGGAGCGAAACUUUGGCGUUCGCUUGAAUAAGCCCUACUCCAUCCAUGUGCCUAUGGAUAUCCCUGUGUUUACAGGGACUCACGCUGACCUGCUUAUAGUGGUCUUCCACAAGAUUAUCACCACAGGCCACCAGCGUCUCCAGCCUCUCUUUGACUGCUUACUCACCAUUGUUGUUAAUGUGUCUCCCUAUCUGAAGAGUCUAUCAAUGGUGGCAGCCAACAAACUGCUCCACCUGCUGGAGGCCUUCUCCACCAGCUGGUUUUUGUUCUCUGCAGCCCAGAAUCAUCACCUUGUGUUCUUCCUACUUGAGGCUUUCAAUAAUAUUAUCCAAUACCAGUUUGAUGGAAACUGCAACCUGGUUUAUGCCAUCAUCCGUAAACGUAACGUGUUCCACCAGCUGGCCAACCUGCCCUCUGACCCCUCCUCCAUACAAAAGGCUUUGCAGAGGAAGAAGAAAUCACCGGACGUCAUCUCCCGAACCAGCUCCCAGGAAACUGUAUCCAUGGAGGGCUCACAUCCUGCUGUUCCAGCCGAGCCUGGUACACUGAAGGCCAGUCUGGUGGCUAUGCCAGGCAUUGAUAAACUGACAGAGAAAUCUCAGGUAUCAGAGGAUGGCACCAUGGUGUCAGUUCCAAAGACGGACUCUCCACAUACAGUCCCCCCAGACCAAAGUGCAGUUGCUGGAACCAGUGACACCGAAUCAAACUCUGGCAGAGACAAUGAAGAUGUUUUCUACACUGAAGCGGAAAUGGAGAGAAGACGUUUAUCAAGUGCAUCUUCUACGUCUUUCUGGGCUCCCACACCAGAUUGGGUUAUGUCCUGGAAAUGUAAGCUACCCCUGCAGACUAUUAUGCGGCUGUUACAAGUUCUGGUUCCCCAGGUGGAGAAGAUCUGUAUUGACAAAGGUUUGACUGAUGAAUCAGAAAUCCUGAAGUUUCUCCAACAUGGUACACUGGUAGGCCUGCUGCCAGUUCCUCACCCUAUCCUCAUCAGAAAAUACCAGGCCAAUGCAGGCACUGCCAUGUGGUUUCGCACCUACAUGUGGGGGGUAGUUUAUUUACGCAACGUGGACCCUCCUAUCUGGUAUGACACUGAUGUACGCCUUUUUGAGAUUCAGAGGAUGUAAACUUCUUGACACAAAAGGGAAAAGGGGACUGUUCACCUUCAGGAUUCCUCUUCCUUCAGUAUCUUCUGGUUACUGCAAAAAAAAAACACUGUGUUGAACUUGCCUCAUAAUCAUUAUCAUAAUGCUUGUCCCUGAUGCCCUGAUUGGGUUAAGAGAGGUAGAUACAACUCAGAUCAAGAGAGGGGAAACGUUAAAAUGUCAAUAUUGUUUAUAAAGAAACUGUAUUUGUACAUUUUCUCAGACCACAGAAUGUCAUCCAUAGCACUGACAUGACUGAAGCAUUAGCAGAAGAGUUAUGCACCUUACUUGACAGAACAGAAGAUGAAGGGGAAACACUGUUCAAAUAUAUCAGCCAGACUUGUUUUUCAAAGAUAUGGACAUGGUGCUUUUCCAACAGAGAGCUUGUAACAUAUCUUGGAGGGCACAGUGUUGGUGUUUCAUGUUGUUCAUUUGUUGUACUUGACCUGCUUCAAAGUGAUUUUGCACUUAUUGUAGUAGUUUGUGAUAGUAUAACUUACAGGAUUUUAACAUUAAGACAAAUUGUAUGUUUUGUUGUGUAUAAGCAAGUUGGAGGUUUGAUGUAGUUGGCCAUGCUUAAUAUGCUUGAUGUUGAAAACUGUAUUUUCCUUAAAUUAUUCUAAAUAUAUAUAUUGAUAUGCAUCUGUGAA